GUAACAACAGCUAUACGCUUUAUGGCAUCAGGCAGUUAUCAGAUGGAUAUAGGACACAACAUUCAUUCAGCCGUUAGUCAGCCAUCAGUAAGCAGAUGUAUAAAUAAUGUGACGAGAGCUCUAAACCAAACAGAAAUUUUUAAUAGAUGGGUGAAAUGUCCAUCAACUUUAGAAGAAGUUAAAUCUAUAAGAGAUGGGUUUUGGCAAAAAUAUAAUUUUCCCGGAAUUAUCGGAUGCAUAGAUUGUACCCAUGUAGCAAUCAUAGCACCUCCUACACAUCAUCCACAGUUUCCAGAACAUAUUUAUGUAAACCGGAAAGGAUAUCAUUCAAUUAAUGUUCAAUUGAUUUGCGACAGUCAUAUGAAAAUCAUUCAUGUCAAUGCAAGAUAUCCAGGAAGUACGCAUGAUAGCUACAUCUGGAAUAAUAGCAACUUUUUGCCCAUGUUAAAACAAAUAUACGAUCGAGGAAAUACUUUUUAUCUUUUGGGCGAUUCCGGAUAUGCCUUAAGACCCUGGCUACUGACACCUGUCAUGAAUGCUGCACCAGACUCGCCUGAAGAUAGAUAUAAUAUUGCGCACAGAGGAAUACGAUCCCUCAUAGAAAGGACGAAUGGUUUAUUAAAAAUGCGUUUCCGAUGUUUGUUAAAGCAUAGAGUUCUGCAUUAUAAACCAGAUGUAGCAUCGCGCAUAAUCAAUUCUUGUGUGAUGUUACACAAUAUGUGCAUUGAAGAGCAAAUACCAGAACCACGCCCAGAAGAAGAUCACAAUGCUGAUUUUGGGUUAAAUGUUAAUGAUAACAAUGAAAUUCCUGAAUACAACCGUAUUAAUCAAGAACUUACUGCAGGAAGAAGGCUUCGAGGUCGAUUAAUUCAAAACAUGUAUAAUUAA